AUGCGGAGCGGGAUGGAUGAGUCUGAUUCAACAGCACCCAUCGUAAACUUGCUGGAUCUCAACGAUCAUUGGAAGGAAGCUCUUACUAGACCUGCUGGAUGGUGCCCAGAUCUUUUUUUCUGUGGAAGGUAUGAGCCGGAAAGAGAUUGGUUCCAAGUGCUCCGCUACGAAAGUGUACACAUCCACAUCCCCUCCGCUUGUAAACCUCUACUUCGAUUUAUCAACCACGCCUGCAACUGUGCUUGGUUUGUGUCCCUGUCCACACGCCUGCCUACCCAAACCCAAGAACGUUGGCUUCAGGCCUCGUAUUACAUGGACAUCCUGCGCCACAAAUUUUUCUUGGAGGUACUAGAGAAAUUCUACCCUGAAGGUGUCAAGUUGCCUGUGACAACCCUUCCUGCAUCAACAAGAAUGACCCGGCAAUGGGUUUCUAGUGUCCUGGUCAGCUGGGGGUACCAGGUGUACCAUCUGAAGGGGAUGCAACCGGCCUCAGGAGAUAGGCUAGAGAAACUUCUCCAGGACCACCCCGAUAUAUCUGGGAGGUAUGAUUGGGAGGAUUGGCUGAAGACGACGAACCCCAUCAUGAGAAGCUUAUACGGGAACAUGCCUGACCCCAACACGCACCCUUUGGAUUUUCAAUGUGUAUUGCUAGAGUCCAAGCUCAGUGGGAAUUCACCAGCACCUAUGGUGGAAUCCAACCCAGACAGCUGGAAAUUAUGUUUGGAGACGGUGAUUAACGAGCUGGAGAAGCGCCAGCCUGGUAGUUCCCCUGAGGUGCCCAUGGAGGUGGAUCCCCCAACCGUCCAACCAAGCUCAAUUAAGCGUCCACAUCUAAGUCCUCCAAAAAAAAAAAAAGAGGUCAACUACCCAAGGUUUCAUCCGGGUGUCAUACCUCCAAGAGGACAGGCUCUCCCAUCUGUGAAUGUCAGUGAGCUCAACGUCCCCCCAGCUCCUUCCUCAAUUAGUGAGGGACUUUCAUCCAGUGAAUAUAACUCUUGGGGAGUCUGGUUGACCCCACUAGCGGCCUUAAGUGAAAGUGAGCUGCGGGAACCAAUUGAAGAAGGGCUUGAGAUUUGGGAGACCUUUAGGAAGCAGAGCUACUUCCAACAACAAGAUCAACAACUAUUAGACCAAAUAUGUGACUUGCAGUUGCAACCAUCCGUAGAAGUCCCACAAGUAACCAGAGUCGUCAAAGUCGUCAAAGUCGUCAAAGUCGCAGAAGUCGCAGAAGUCGUCAAAGUCCCACAAACCAGAGUCGCCAAUGUCGUAGAAAUUGCCAAUGUCGCAGAAUUAGUCGACGUUCUCGGCAAGUGCUCAAGAUUUCCUGCUGUCUUAAGUCGCCCGCAAGUAUCAGUAAGUUUAACGUCAAAGCAAUACCUGCACUAUGACGAGUUUGCUAACUAUAUUGUACAGUAUCGUGGUUGCUAUUAA